AGUCUAAGGAUUCAGGCGUCUUACUUUGUUGAGUCUCUUCUUUCCUUCUUUGUUCCUCUCCCAGGUAUAAAGAGAACCCAACCCAGAUCCACAUAGAUCUAUCACCUCUUGUUCUAUUUGAUUCAUAGAUUUCUAUCUGCAGCUGUCAGAAAUCAGCAUGAACGAUCCCAAGUAUCCAUAUCCAUAUCCGGCUCAAGGCCCUUAUCAAGGGCCUCCAGUGAUGGCGCCGCCGCAGUAUGCGCCUCCUCAGUAUGCCCCUCCGCAGUACGCGCCUCCGCCCCCGCCUCCACAGAAAGAACGCGGCUUUAUCGAGGGAUGCCUUGCAGCUCUGUGUUGUUGCUGUCUCUUGGAUGAGUGCUGUUGUGACCCGUCCAUCGUAUGCGUGUGCUAGCAUCGUGCCGGUGGCUGAUCGGAGACCAUAAGAGCAGCAUCAUUUCAAACAUUCAUUUCAAUCUACUAUUUGUU